AUGCCUACAUUCAACAUCGUCGUGUUCGCCGGCGACUAUGCAGGCCCUGAGGUGACCAAGGAGGCUGUAAAGGUCCUCAAGGUGGUCGAGAAGUGCUCAAAAGAUGUCAAGUUCAAUUUCCAAGACCACCUGCUGGGAGGGUGCUCGAUUGACGCUCACGGCACCCCUCUGACGGACGACGCCCUCAACGCCGCCAAAUCCGCCCAUGCCGUCCUUCUCGGCGCAAUCGGCGGUCCCAAGUACGGCGUGGGCAAGGUACGUCCUGAGCAAGGGCUCCUCAGACUCCGCAAGGAGAUGGGCACGUUUGGCAAUCUACGACCCUGUUUCUUCGCCUCUCCCAGCCUCGCCUCCCGCUCGCCGCUCAAGGAAGAGGUCUGCCGGGGCACGGAUUUCAUGAUCGUCCGUGAACUGACGGGUGGCAUCUACUUUGGCGAGCGGGUCGAAGGGAACCCGGAAGACGGCGAGAACGAAUGGGCCGAGGACCGCGAACCGUACUCGAGACGGGAGAUUGAACGCAUCACGCGCCUUGCAGCGUACCUCGCGCUGGCAAAGAACCCGCCUUCCAAGGUCUGGAGUCUCGACAAGGCCAACGUGCUCGCCACGUCGCGCCUGUGGCGCCGCGUCUUCACCGAGACGAUGGAGAAGGAAUUCCCACAGCUGACGUUCGAGCACCAACUGAUCGACUCGGCCGCCAUGAUCAUGGUGAAGAACCCGCGCGCCCUGAACGGCGUCAUCGUCACCUCAAACCUGUUCGGCGACAUCAUCUCCGACGAGGCCUCCGUCAUCCCCGGUUCUCUCGGCCUGCUCCCCAGCGCCAGUCUCAGCGGCGUGCCCGACGGCAAGGGCCUGUGCAACGGCAUCUACGAGCCCAUCCACGGCUCCGCGCCAGACAUCGCGGGAAAGGGCGUCAUUAACCCCGUGGCGGCCAUCCUCAGCGUCGCCAUGAUGUUGCUGUACAGUCUCAACAUGGCUAGGGAGAGCGUGCUCGUCGAGCAGGCCGUCAGGGCCGUCAUCGACAAGGGCAUCGUCACCAGAGACAUUGGCGGGGAAAACUCCACCGUCGAAGUCGGCGACGCGGUCGCCAGGGAGUUGGAGAGUCUGUUCAAUAGCCAGUGA